AUGGAAAGAAAUUAUCCUGGUACAGGGUUCGGUGAUUUGGGCGCUGGUACGGGAUGGAGUUACGAGAGAUCGGCCAAGGCAAGGUAAGCAUUUGUACCCGUACAUGUGCGCCCUCAUAUAUUGGAUGCAUAAAUAUGCUUAGCUUGCUGUAACAAUGCCCAUGCCAAUAGAGGCAAUGCAAUCCGUGCUCCCUCUAUCGCUCCGUUUAUAUAUAUAUUUAUAGAUUACAUUGUUUGCAAGCGCCAGGUAGGCUAUAGCAAGGCUAUCAGUAUUGUCAUUAGCAAGAUUGGGGGGGGGGGGGGGGGGGGAUCUUGAAAAUGCAAGGAAUGCGAUUGAGAGUUAAUACGUGAUACGGAAGGUAGACCGAGACAGAAAAAAAGAGGGGGGAGAGGGGCGAAAAGAGGGGGGAUGGGUUGGACUUGGGAGGAUACAGCUAGCUUUAGCUGGCUAGUGUAUAAUCAGAAAUGAAAAGAAAAAAAUCCAGUAAUGAUAUUUGCAGAGAACAUUUGGAUUUUCCACAAUUUCCAUAAUUAUAUUAAUGCAUACUGUGUUGUCUUUACUAAUGUAUUGAUUGCGUAAUAUAUAUUACAAAGCAAUGGUUGGUGCUAAUUAGCUAUACAAACCAAAUAUAUUUGACGAUGCAAAAUGCAAUGUUUGUAGCUAGGCUACUGUCGGCAGAUAACUGUACCUAGCACACUGACUACAAAUGAAAUGGCCUUUAUGCUAGAAAUGGUGGUGCUGCAGGGUUGCUUUUCCCCGUCUCACAAUUCUCGCUAAUACACUGUAGGAUGAGUGUAGGCUAAAUCAAAUCAAGACAUGCAGCUAUCAUCAAACAAUUAGAGUAAACACUUUCCAUAACUUAGCUAAUAACAGUGAUAAUUUAGUGACAGCUAGCUAGUAAAUUGUAAGGUAUUUUAAUUAACUCACUCUGCAAGCACGAGUACAUUAAAUUCCAUUAUUAAAGCAGCAGCAGUUGCAGCAUGGAUGAUAGUGCAAAUAUUUUUAUAUAUUGGGAAAAUAACCCCUAGAUAGCUUUAAGCCUAGCAAUUGUAUUGAUGGAAACGUGGAUAAAAUUGGUAACGGUACACCGUGUGUAAUAACUGUCUAACUUCACUCUCAUGCUUAGGUGAUAGGCGUAUUAUUAACAGGUGCAAUGAUAGGUGUAUUACUUUUUGGGGGGCACCAACUGCAUUUUCAUUCAUGCGAGAAAUACCUCUACCAGCUAGCCAUUUUGGGGUAAAGCUAGCUAGCUUCAAGGUUUCAGGUAAUUGUUGUCCUUGCUAGCUAGCUUACGUUAGUUGUUCAGUUCAAGUUAAAUGAUUAGGCAUAUUGACUCAAUGCUGCAGGUCUUUGGCUACAAAGUAAAAACAUAAGAAUCGAUCAUGAACACCAAUAAAUGUAAUUAGCUAAAACGAUGGAUUGUGUGAUGUUUGCUAGAACUCGCUACCCAGCUAGCUAACUCAUGUUAUGCUGUAUUGAGAGACAGUUGGCUAACUCUAACCACCUAGCUAGCUAGCUAACAUUAACGUGUUAGCUAAGUUUACGGGCGUACUGGUAAAAUAUCUCAAUAAUCUUUCAUUUCCGUUAACGCAUGAAUUAAAACGGGAAUGAAUUAUAUACUGUAAGAACGAUAUUAAUGUAACCAAAUGUUUCACAUUUUGUGUCUUAAAAUGCCUCGUCUCUGUGUUUUAUGAAUUGGGGCCUACUUACAUUUCAAAGGCUACCCGGCUACGCACAUUACCAGUGGUCGCCGGGACAACCAAAUCAAUCUUGCGUGCGUAACAUGUAGCAACAGUGUAGCUCACAGUAAACACCUGUUUAUUUGGAUAAUUUAUUUUUAAAACGCAGAUACUGUGAAAUUCCAGAUUUGGCGAUAAGAUUUAAUAUGAGCAAAAUACGAUUGCAUAAUGGUAGUAAGGGACAUAACUCUCAAGUAUUAGUCCCACAAGCAAAUGUUGCAUUCUGACUGAGGGUGUGCAUGGAGUAAUUGCUCAAUUGCUGCAAGUCAUAAAGCCCUAAAUCGUGCCCUCUAUUACAGUGUCAUUCACUGGGAGUGCCACUUAUUAUAUUGUCCUUAUAAAGUGUUACCAUAUUUUUUUAUUUUGGGUCUGAAUACUCAUUGGUUCAUCAAAGAUGCAAAUGAUCAAAUCACUGCAAAAACACAUUUAAAUCUAUAGUAAUUGCUUAUGCAGAAUAGGCUAUUGUAUGUAACCUUGAUAACUGACAGUGUUGAGAUACAUAAAAUACAGUAGUAGGCUACAUACAAUGUUGUAUCUUUGAUGAACCAAGGAUUAUUUAGACCCCACAUUUAUAUAUAUUUAUGUUAUUUUGCCGGUCAGCUGAUCUAGCCUAGCCAGCAGUUUUUUUUAUGGCUGAAUCCCAGAGUCAAGGGCAUCUCCAAGCCCACAGGCAGAUUGAUGUAGUCCUGGUGUUCUUAUGAUGACCUCAUACUCCCUAAUGUGGGAUUGGCUGGCUGCCUUUUUUGCAAACCGUAAAGGAACAGAAACUACUACUACUUUACUGUUCUACUACUGUUCUAGGGUAAUGAACCUAACCAACAUUGGAUGACAGUUACAAAAUAUUUUCUCUUCAGCCAUAUUGAUUGAAGUGAAUACAUUUAUAGAAACCUUUAUUUUAAUGUGCAAUACAUAUUUGAAUAUGUUAAUUAAUUGUAUGAGUAAUUUAAUCAGUUAAUUGAUUGUAGGUGGUUACACCUAUUUUGGUAUCAUACCUGUACAUACUGGCAUGUAGCCUUGACAACAUUUUGGUAGUCUGGCCCAUUGGUAGUCUGAAUCAUAUUGUAUUGUAAAUACAGCGGAGUUCCAAAAAAAGCCCUCUGCUGCACUCAACUAACCAUAGCAAUAAUACCAGUAGAAUACAUUUGUUUAGCUCAGAAUCUGCAUACCAAGCUCUUACUAGUCCCAGGCAUGUCUGUAGAAGACAAAUGUCUAGUGUAUUAAACUAGUGAGCCUAUUAUCAUCAUACACCUGCCCGGACGGAAUGGCAGGGUGAAAUGAACAGUGGUUGAUUGCAAAAGCAGUCUUAAUGAAGGAUUAAUAGCUCCCCCUCCUUUAUUCAUCCCCUCUUUCACAAUCUUGAGGACUGCAGCUCACUCCAUCAUGGUUAUACGGCCCGACAGAGAGUUGGAGAGGAGGGGAGGGUGGGGGAGAAGAGAUGGAGUGAGGGUAGAGGAGAGGAGAAAAGAAAGAAGGAAUGGUUGAAUUUGGAAGAGAGGAGAGGAUAUGUAGGGAGGAGAGAAGAAGAGGAGAUGAUGGAGAGAGAAGAGGAGUGAUAAGGAAAGGAGGGUGAGUGAGCAGUCGUAAGAGAAGUCUGUAGAAGGGGAGAGAAAAUAUUGGGAAGAGAUGUGGAGAGGUUGUGCGCUCAUUUGAAAAUUGCAUCUGAGCAGUACCAGAGAUUAGCACUCAACUAAAUACAUACUAUUGAUUAAUUUGCUUAGCCCAUUGAAUUCUCAAUUUACAUAUAUUCUGGGAAAGCGGAAGUACUGAACCUGACUGCGUCUAGUAUCUAGUGUCUAGUUCCAGAACCAUUCAUUUCAAUGGAACCAAUUUCUUAAACAUAGAAAUCCACAUUUUAGGGAUUAGGGUUCAGUUAGAUAUUUUAGCAUUUAGCCAUAAAUAUUUAUAUUGUUAACAUAUUAUGAAGAUUUUAAUAGAAUAUAUGGAUGUGUCAAACUCAAGAAUACUGAACACACUGACGGGUCAUAGUCAGAGAAAGAAUAAACACACACACUCUGAUUCCUGAGUCAGAGAGUGGCAUAUGCUAACCGAGCCGUGGCUAAACUUAGCACGGCUGCUGCGGAGGAGGAGUCAGCGACCUACACACUCAGACAGUCACCACGCUUUUAUUAAUGAAACCACUAUUGGUCUCGCCUGAACACGUUGUUGUCCAGCCAUAACCGCUCGCCUCUGCUGCUAGCUGUCUAUGCAUGACUGGGGAACAGCAUUUCCAAUCAGCUAAGGUGGUUAGCCACAGUCACACGAUUGGUUGAUUAGUGACAGAGUGGUGGCCAAUCAACAUCAUAUUACACUGAAGAGAACCGAAGGGUGCUAUGGCGGUUUUCUCAUUUAAGCAAAAGACCAUCCUCCAUCCUCUCUCCUCCGUGACCCGGAAACCGAUGAGUGGUCGAGGAGUGAGUAAAUUCAUUAAUAGGCAAACAGAAGGCAGUCCUCCCCUCAUUGAUGGCCUCCUUUUGGCGAGGAAGAACAAGUGUAUUCUACCUGAGUCCUUCACGGAAGAGUUUUGAAAUCUGCCACACCCCCUUCGAAUCAGCUAUUUUUUUAUCGAAGGAGAAAAGUAUGCAAACAUUUAAAAACAAUAUGCUACUUAUCCUUUUAUCUAUAAAAGGUAUUUCACUAGCUUAAUUGUUUUUAUCAGUUUAUACAUUUAAUUUGGGAUUCCACCCUGUAAACUUAAUUUGCCUGAUGACGUGCGAUUGGAGAAGGAGAGUCUCAUUUCAUACAAGCCAUUUUCGUCCACUUUCCCUCUCCUCGCCGCCUCUCCUCAAUUACCUUUGACCUUUUUCAAAAGGAGGCGAGAGAGGACACAGGAGGUAAGCAAAUCUAAUUGAUAAAAGGCCAUGGUUAUCGGGCAGUUCAAAAAUAGAACCAGAGGACUUCAUAAGUAAACAGUUAAUAAUACCUUUCUUAAUAAGGGUAGGUAACAACACAUCUGCCACGCUGAUCCUCAACACAGGGGCCCCUCAGGGGUGCAUGCUCAGUCCCCACCUGUACUCCCUGUUCACCCAUGACUGCAUGGCCAGGCACGACUCCAACACCAUCAUUAAGUUUGCAGACGACACAACAGUGGUAGGCCUGAUCACCGACAACGAUGAGACAGCCUAUAGGGAGGAGGUCAGAAACCUGGCCGUGUGGUGCCAGGAUAACAACCUCUCCCUCAACGUGACCAAGACAAAGGAGAUGAUUGUGGACUACAGGGGAAAAAAUAGGACUGAGCAUCCUCCCAUUCUCAUCGACAGGGCUGUAGUGGAACAGGUUGAGAGCUUCAAGUUCCUUGGUGUCCACAUCACCAACGAACUAUCAUGGUCCAAACACACCAGUCGUGAACAGGGCACAACAAAGCCUAUUCCCCCUCAGGAGACUGAAAAGAUUUGGCAUGGGUCCUCAGAUCCUCAAAAAGUUCUACAGCUGCACCAUCGAGAGCAUCCUGACCGGUUGCAUCACCGCCUGGUAUGGCAACUGCUCGGCCUCCGACUGCAAGGCACUACAGAGGGUAGUGCGUACGGACCAGUACAUCACUGGGGCCAAGCUUCCUGCCAUCCAGGACCUCUAUACCAGGCGGUGUCAGAGGAAAGCCCUCAAAAUUGUCAAAGACUCCAGCCACCCUAGUCAUAGACUGUUCUCUCUGCUACCGCACGGCAAGCGGUACCGGAGCGUCAAGUCUAGGUCCAAAAGGCUUCUCAACAGCUUCUACCCCCAAGCCAUAAGACUCCUGAACAGCUAACCAUGGCUACCUGGACUAUUUGCACUGCCCCCACACCUUCACCCCAUCUUUUUACGCUGCUGCUACUCUGUUAAUUAUUUAUGCAUAGUCACUUUAACUCUACCCACAUGUACAUAUUACCUCAACUACCUCAACUAGCCGGUGCCACCGCACAUUGACUCUACACCGGUACCCCCCUGUAUAUAGCCUCCCUACUGUUAUUUUAUUUUACUUCUGCUCUUUGUUUCUCAACACUUUUUUGUUGUUGUUUUAUUUUACUUUUUUAUAAAAAAAUAAAUGCAUUGUUGGUUAAGGGCUGUAAGUAAACAUUUCACGGUAAUCUCUACACCUGUUGUAUUCGGCUCAUGUGGCAAAUACAAUUUGAUUUGAUUUGAUUAUUUAUGUAUAAUAGUUUUGAGUGUAUUCCACAUUAAUGAAUGCAGGAAAUAAUAUAAUUUAAAUGUAGAGACUACACUUCAUGGUGACUCCAUGACUAUGCCCAACCUUUGAUUUCUUGACUCUGUGGAGAUUGUCUGUUCUCUGAGACUCUGGGUGCAUCCCAAGUGGCACCCUAUGCCUACAUAGUGCCCUACUUUUGACCAGGCCAUUUGGGACUGUCUCUAUGUUUGGGUGUUGAUUUUUCCCUCUGUGCAAGUAAGUGAUUGGAGGUGGAGGUGGGUGUGAUUGUUAAAAAUCUUUCUUUUAAUUCAGUCUUUCAUUCAAAUGUUGCUCCCAGUUCUAUUUAGCAGCUGAUAUUGAUGAACAAUACCUUAUUUUGAGUGUUAGGUUACCCUGUGUAAAGUGUAAGACUGGCUCAGAUUUUAUAUGGUGUGGGCUGGAAAGGACGAUAUUGCCCUUAUACAGUAUGGAGUAUGCCUAUGUAAACAACUCUACAAGAGAGUAUAGGUAGAUUAGAAAGGUAAUCCAUCACCAAAGCCUGAGAGACACUGUCAGCCGGGACCAGAAUGCAUUGUUGUUGUUGAGGCUUUGUGGUUAGAACAGGAUUUUGUCUGAAGUCGGUGCAGAGAGCCUUGCAGUUGCUGAUUCCCUCUCACUACCACUAAUGGAAGGACACUUUAAACAUUUAUCCAUUUGCCAUAUGCCAUCACCAUUUUGUUGGAUGUUUACAGUUGUUUUGGUUGAGAAAUGAACUAUUUAUUUGUUAUUUGAUUAUAGGAUGUUAUUGAAAAUCAAGAAAAUAGCCGUAUCUAGGCCUAAUUGACAAUGAUGGGUUAUCAGUAAUAUCCUGUACACACAAUGCUUCUCUUGCCUCACUAUUCGUAUACAACCCUCAAAUUCAAAUCUUGACCUCAGUCAGUUUUACUGCUUUUUUUGUUCUUCUCCUAGUAAGAUUUGAAUACCCCUGGUAUACAACAUGAGUAUCCCAAUUCGCAUGUAUCAAGUCUGCAGCACUUCUGGUUUUCAUAAUUGAUUGAUUGAAGGGCUAUUUGAUGAUUGAAAAUAAAUAUAAAGUCAAUGCUGCCUGAGACAACAUUACAUACAUUCACCCUAUAAUCAGAGACUGAUUCAGACCUGAGACACUAAGUGAGUGGACUCUCUGGCCAAUCAAUUAGGCUACAUUAAUCAAUCAAUUAUCUACCAAAGAGAAAAGAAAAACAGCUGUACUGCAGAUCUCGAUACCAGGAUUUAGAUAACCCCGAUAUAAAAGUAUAAUGAAACUUUUCAUUAAUGAAUGAUUAAUUUAGCUCCCCUUCCUCCCUUCUUUCCUCAGCCUGGUGUAUGGAAGUUCUAGGUCUUCCCAUCCGGACUCAGAGCUGCUCCAUCGCCAGGCUUAUGGCACACCCCACCCUCUGCAGGGCUACGCAACCAAUCACCAUCCUGGCAGCUCUGGACAGGGCGGGGCAUGGGGGGCUGGGAGGAGUCUAGGUAAGGGGCCGGGCUAAUAUAAACUUUGAUUCAAAUGUGAAAUUGAGGUCUCUGCAUGAUUCCAAAAGGUUGUCAAUAUAGAAUUUUAGUAUACCUGUUAUUACAGUACAAUAUUGUCCUAUCCUAUACACACAGUCAGGGAGCAUUUUUCUCUCUAUCAAAGUUUUUUUAGUUUAGAUUAGACUUUUGUUUAUUUGAGUCACUGUAAACAGAAAAAUGUGCGUGGUUGAGUAAAUGCUUUUGUGUCUAUGUCCUCUAGGGUUAUCUGGGCUGUUUGAUACUGGGCUACACCAUGCCAGUCCCUCUGGUCCAGACCCGUCUGUCAUGAACCUGAUUUCAGCACUGGAGUCCCAGGGUCGGCAGCCGCCCCCCUCAGCCUCCUCCCUCCUCUCCCAGUUCCGAACACCCUCCUGGCAGACUGGUGAGUGCAGGAGCCAGUCAUGAGUCAUGUUCAAGUACAACUGAGUGUGUUCAUCAUUUUCUAAGUGUUAUGAAAGACAGCAGCACAUUUCUAAUAAUCUCUGUUACUUGUCUUUCUCUCUAUCUCCAUUUCCCAUAGCGAUGCACACUCAGCCAGAGCUCUUCAUCGGGUCUGGCUCCUUCCCCUCCUCCUCCCUCUCGGCCUACCAGCACCCAGCCUCCUUCUCUGGGCGGUCCUUCCCUGGCGCCUCGCUCUCCCUGCAGGACUCCCCCACCUUCAGCCCCACGUCCAACGGCCUCCUGUCCUCCCACGACCCCCUGCUGCACAUCAAGACGCCCUCCCAGUCCAGCCUGGGCUUCGACCGUUUACUCUCCUCACAGGGCGCCGCCUACCGUGGGUCGCAGGACCCCACAGGCCCACCACAAACAACCUCCUCCUCAUCAGGCCGCCACCUACCCCCUCCCCAGUUUAACCUGCUGUCCUCCCAGCUCCAGGACCAGUCCUCCCAGUUGUACAACGCCUCUGUGUUCUCAUCGGCACCCGCCCCGCCGCCACCCCAGCCACCCCAGGAGAGGGCCAUACCCCGGCAGGACAGCGUGAUCAAGCACUAUCAGCGCUCCUCUCCGGCUCAGUCGCAGCUCUCCUCCUCAGCCCCCCACCCCCUGCAGCACUACCUCAGCUGUGGGGCAUCGGGGUAUCAGCAGAUCUCCCACCACCGGCAUGGAGGGGUGUCCUGCAGCCCGCUGGGGGAGCAGAGCCCUUCAGCAGAUCCCAAACCCUCCCCCCGGUCAGAUCAAGUGUACCGCCCCAUCAUACAGACCUCGUACACCUCCUCAGCCGCCUCCUCGUCAGGUGGAGGUCUAGGAAAGGGGGCUAAGAACUCCAGCUCCAGUAGUGGCUACUCUUCCUCGGGCUCCUCGUCAUCCCGAACCCCCCACACCCCGCCCUCAGCCUCCUCCACCUCCUCGUCCUCCUCAAACUCCAACCCUUCCUCCAGCUCCUCGUCGGCCCCCUCUAGACAGCAGCCCCCAACUCAGUCUGCACCCCCACCUCCCCCUCCAGUCUCCUCCGCCCCGGCCCAGCAGCCUCCUCCUAAACCCUGCCUGUCAGCAUAUGGCUCCCCUGUGGCCCCCGUCAAGCCCACUGCAGGCCUCCCUGGACAGACACCUCCCCAGCAGCAGUCCUACUCCCCCAGCCAGCCCCCUCCCUCACACCUCCCCUCCCACCAGCCCUAUGGGGGCUUCAGCUCCCCCCAGGCCCAGGACCUGACCUCUGGUACUGGGGGUUCUGGGAAAGGGUAUGGAGGACUAGGGCCAGGAGGCCGCUCCUUCUCUGCCGAGGUGGUCUACGGGACGGACUCAGGAUACGGCUCGCUGCCUACCUCCCUUGGGGGAGCGGGCAGUCCUUCGUUGGGGUAUGGUGGCCCAAGGCACUCCCCUGCCCUCCUGGGGUCUGGAGGGGGUGGAGGGUCAGCCGGCAGCGGGGCAGGGUCCGGGGUUGGUGGAGGUGGAUCAGGAGGUGGGGGUGCAGGAUCAAGUGGUAGCAGUGGAGCUGGAGGAGGCAGCUCAUACAACCUCCCUGACUCCAGCCCUUCUCCCUCCAGCAACUCUGGCAUCAUUCGACCUGGGCUGCACUCUCCUGCUCCCGCCCGCCCUGCCCAGUCCCCCGGGGGAGCCGGGGGUAACAAAUACCUCUCCUCCGUCCUCUCCCCUGCCUUCCUCUCCUCUCCGCAGGGUUACCCCGACACCCGAGGCCCCCAGCCUCAGUCCUACCACCCCACGCCCCCCAAACCCAAGCCAGACACUGACAUGCUGGGAGUGGAGCGCUCUCAAGACGAGGAGGAUGACGAUGACGAUGACUUCCUGAUCCAGCACUUGCUGCAUGCCCAGAGCCCUGCGCCACACCCGUCCCAGCACCACUCCCAGCAGCAGCCGCCCCAGUCCAUCCCUCAGGCCAGGGAUGGGGUCAAAGGUCUGGCCUACGACCUGAACAAGGCCUCUGAGGAGCGCUACCACCUCCAGAGCGUAAUCCGCACCAACAGCGCCACCAACAGCACGGGCCCCGGUACUGCAGGUAACGUCAGCGGAGGUGGCCUGGAGAGCCAGUUGGAGAUGUCUCUGAAGAAACAGCAGCAGCAGGCCAAGAACGAACGAGGGCUGUCUGGAGCAGGGGCCAGCGGAGGAAGAGGGGGGGCAGACUCCCUCUCACACCCCAACCCUCACGUCCCCUAUCCGCACCAACACGACUCCCUCGGCUCAGUGGUGCACUACGGCAGGGGCGACCCUUACUCCCAACACCCUCACUCCCAGCACCCCCACCAUCCCUCGCAGGCCCCCUCACACCCCCAACACACCCAGCACGCCCACCCCCACUCCCACGCCCACCCUCACAUGGAGCUCAAAAAGCCUCCCGACCCGUCCGAGCUGCCAUACCUGCGGAAGACACCCGAACUGCAGCAGCAGCCCCGACAGUCCCAGUCCUCCCUUUCCCUCAUGGACUCCCCCCCAAAUCAGCCCCAGCAGCCUCCCUCUGCCCACAUGCUCCAGUCUGUACUGUCCCACACUACCCGCAACAAGAUGGACACCCAGCAAGCUGCUUCUCAGCAGCAGCAGCACUCCAUGAGUCAGCAGGCCAUGAUGGGGGCAGGUGGAGAGGCAGAGCCUGGGGGACAAGCGGGGGUGGAUCCCCAGCCCCAUUCUCAAUCCCAGCUGCAGCUCCAACUCCAGUCCCAGGCUAUGGAGGCCCACUACAGCCAGAGCCAAGCCAGCCAGAACUCGGUAUCUCCGCUAGACAUGCUGGAGCGCACCCUGUCUCGGGCCAACAGCAGAGACAGUGGAGGGGCCGUGGAGAGAAGUGGGGUAGGGGGAGGCGAUGGGGGCAGUAGUGACGGACACAGACAACAACAACAGCAGCAGCACAGGCUGCCAUCUCAUCACCACUCCCAACAAACUGCCUCCAAGCUUCACGACUUCCUCUCCGAGCCAGAUCUGGGCAUAACCACGCCCUCCCACCUGCACCACCUCAACCCACACCACCCCCACGUCCAUCACCAACAGCAGACCCACCCGCACCACCCCCUCCCGCACACCCAUGCCCACCCCCACUGCCACCACCUGGCGACCAACGCAGGGCCGCAGCAGCAGCAGCCUCCGCCCCAUCAGAGGGACCAGGAGCCCCAGCUCUGCCAAUCCCAGUUGGACCAGCUCAAAGAGCACCAGUUUGACACCGUGAGCCCCGUGGGGAAAGCGGGCCAGAACCAAGGCCAGCAGCAGCAGCAAAGGUUUGUGCCUCUGACCUCCAUCUGUUUCCCAGACUCCCUCUUACAGGAUGAGGAUCGCUCCUUCUUCCCCGGCAUGGAGGAUAUGUUCUGCUCUGACGACUACUCCAAGUCAAGCUGCGCCGGGGGUCCCGGGGCAGGCCAAAGGGUGCAGGAAGGUAUGUCUGAGGCACGUGGACAGGGACCAGACAGCAUGGAGGACGUCAAGACCAGUGAUGGAGGAGGUGGCUAUGACAUGAUGGGUCACCAUGGCGACCAUGGGUAUGGGUACUGCCACGGCCUCACGGAAACAGAAAACAGCACCAUGCAUCUGGACCUGGACUCCCUGAAAACCCACGAGCUCCCCUCCACUGUGAACACAGAGCAGCUCGGCCUCAUCCAGUCCCAGACCCCGGGCCUUGGCUUGGGGGGUCCAGGGGGAGUUCCUGGGGAUGGCUCCGCCAACAAGAUGAUUGGAGGUACAGGCGUGGGCGGAGGUUCCGGUCUGGCCGGGCUGACGUCGCCCAUCUUCUGCUCCUCCCGACCCAAGAAGCUGCUGAAGACCAGCUCCUUCCACCUGCUGAAGCAGCGCCGCGACCCGCAGCCGCAGGCCAAGAAGAACUACGCCCAGGAGUACGAGUUCGAGGACGACGAGGACAAGGCUGAUGUUCCCGCUGACAUCCGCCUGAACAGCCGGCGGCUCCCUGACCUCCUCCCCGACCUGGUGUCCAGCUGCAGGAAGGCUGGAGGAGGGGCCUCUGGGGUGGGCUCCCUCAGCCCUCUGAUGGGCGACCUGGACUUCUGCCACCCGUCCGGCUACCCCUCCCUUGGCCCCCCUCCCCAGCUCCUACCCCACGACGGGCCCAAGAAGAGGGGCAGGAAACCGACCAAACCCAAACGUGAGGGGCCGCCUCGGCCCCGAGGGCGCCCUCGCAUUCGCCCGCUCCCGGAGCCGCCCUACUGUAGGGGGCUGAUGGGAAAUGUAGGCGGGGAGACCCGCAGGGGUCGUGGGCGGGGUAGGGGGCGUGGCAGGAAGGAGGAAGGGAUGAUAGAGAUGCACCGAGACAAAGUACCCGACCUCCAAUAUCAGCAACAACAACAGCAGUUCCACCAACAACAGCACUUUCAACAACAGCAGCACCAACACCAUCACCUCCAACAGCAGCAGAAUCUACAACCUCAACAUCAACAGCAGCAACAGCAGCAGCACCUACAACACCUUCAUCAACAACAACCACAGCAUCCACAGCACCAGAAACUUUUCAAGCCUAUUAAGGUAGGGAGACAUGAGCAGAGUGAUAUCAUUUUUAGAUAGCGAGUUGUAUGGACUCCGUAAAGCUUACAGUGCCUUCAAAAAGUAUUCAUACCACUUGACCUAUUCCACAUUUAGUUGUGUUGCAGCUUGAAUUCAAAAUGGAUUAAAUAUUAUUUUUUUCUCAACAAUCUACACACAAUACCCCAUAAUGACAAAGUGAAAACAUGUUUUUAGAAAUCUUAGCAAAUGAAUUGAAAAUGAAAUACAGACAUAUCUAAUUUACAUAAGUAUUCACACCCCUGAGUCAAUACGUUAGAAUCACCUUUGGCAACGAUUAAAGCUGUGAGUCUUUCUGGGAAUGUCUCUAAGAGCUUUGCACACCUGGAUUGUACAAUAUGUGCAUAUAUUUUUUGUUGGUGAAUUCUUCAAGCUCUGUCAAGUUAGUUGUUGAUCAUUGCUAGACAGCCAUUUUCAAGUCUUGCCAUAGACUUUCAAGCCGAUUUAAGUCAAAAGUGUAACUCGGCCACUCAGAAACAUUCAGUGUCGUCUUGGUUAAAAACACCAGUCGUGGUCAAAAGUUUUGAGAAUGACACAAGUAUUGGUCUUCACAAAGUUCGCUGCUUCAGUGUUAUGAGAUAUUUUUGUCAGAUGUUACUAUGGUAUACUGAAGUAUAAUUACAAGCAUUCCAUAAGUGUCAAAGGCUUUUAUUUGGCAAUUACAUUUAGUUUAUGCAAAGAGUCAAUAUUUGCAGUGUUGACCCUUCUUUUUCAAGACCUCUACAAUCCGCCCCAUAGAUUUUCAAUGGUAAGCAACUCCAGUGUAUAUUUGGCUUUGUGUUUUAGGUUAUUGUCCUGCUGAAAGGUGGAUUUGUCUCCCAAUGUCUGUUGGAAAGCAGACUGAACCAGGUUUUCCUCUGUGCUUAGCUGUAUUCCGUUUCUUUUUAUCCCCCAAAAAACUCCUAGUCCUUGCCGAUGACAAACAUACCCAUAACAUGAUGCAGCCACCACCAUACUUGAAAAUAUGAAGAGUGGUACUCAGUGAUGUGUUGUGUCCAUGCAACUUAUUAUGUGACUUGUGUGACUUGUUAAACACUUAUUUAGGCUUGUCAUAACAAAGGGGUUGAAUAUUUAUUGACUCAAGACAUUUCAGCUUUUCAUUUUUUAUUAAUAUGUAAAAAACAGAAUUCCACUUUGACAUUAUGGGGUAUUGUGUGUAGGCCAGUGACACAAAAUCUCAAUUUAAUCAAUUUUAAAUUCAGUCUGUAACACAACAACAUUUUGAAGAAGUCAAGGGGUGUGAAUCCUUUCUGAAGGCACUGUAAAUAAUCAGUUGUGUUAUUUCCUCUCUUACCCCAAUAACUCUCUUUCUCUCUGCAUUUUCUCUUCCUCUAUCCCUAUACCCCUCACUUCAACUAUCCCUUUCUUUUUCCCUCGCCAUUCCCCUAAUACCCUCAUUCCUCCUUCUCUCCAUCUGGCUCUUUUCCUGUUUUCCCUCCACCCCUCACUCUCCUCCAUCCCCUCUUUACAUCUCUCAGAUCAAGCUGCCUAUCCCCUCUAUGUCUCCCUCGGACUCCUUGCUGAGGACAGACUCUCUGUCCAGCACCGACCCGGUUCUCUCUGACGGGUCAGUGGGCUCUGCCCCCUCCCUGGGCCUGAGUCCUGGACCCACCGCUGGGAUGGACAUGAACAUGACCAGGAGCCAGGAGAAGAUGAAGCAGAAAGCUCAAGCCCAGGAGGUGAGUGCAUCUGCCUUUGUAUUUUUUUGA